AUGAAGAACAGGCAGAAGUCGAGAAGCGGUUGCCGGACCUGCAAGCUCAGGCGACCCGGGUGCCGGAACUGCGCCCAGAAGGGGUUCGAAUGUCCCGGCUACCAGCAGCGUCUACAGUGGUCAACAAAACACGAAAGGCCAAAGACAACAACCGCCAGCGGCCCCGCCAAUUUCACCCAACUAGUCACCGCUGCGUCCGAGUCCAUCGUCGCCCAGUCCGCGAAGCCCGCCGGGCCCGCUAGCCAGGUUGUGCCUUCCACGUCGGCUUCGGUCACGCCAUCUGGCAACCUCACUGUCCCCCCCACGGCAUCGUCAGCAUCCGCUUCGCCGUCCUCCUGUUCGUGCUCUUGCUCGCCCACGCCCUCCUCCUUUCCGUCUCCACUGCCCCAAGACGAAGACUCGAUCGCGGCGGUCGAACACCAUGCCGCCAUGAAUCCUCUGGUCCGCAACUCGGAGCCAGCAUUGCCCGGAGAGGCUGAUCAAGUCGCCGAACCGCCCUUGUCGCAACCAGUGGUAGACAUCCCCACUUUUCUCAUCGAACAUUGGUUCAAGUCAGUCUGCACUUUCUGGUCAGCGCUCGACUCCCCGGCCAAUCCCUACCGGCGGCUGACGGCGGAACUCUGGCACACCUCGACUCCGGUGUUUGACGCCCUGCAAGCAAUCUCGGCCGCUUCCCUGGUCGAACGUCUCCCGCAUGUCAUGCAAGAAACGGCCAGGUCCGCGCGACGCAAAGCUGCCGAAGCUAUUGGAGAAGAACUCAUCGCCUUUUCCACCGGCUCCCGCCCCAAGUUUCCGAGUGAGCUGCUCUUGGCUCUGUUCUGCAUGAGCUCCUCCAUGUGCUGGAUGGACGCCCGCCAGCUUGGCCAGCAGUUCGUGAGGCAAGCACGGGCCGUGCUCAAGUCUUUGGGUGGAUGGAACCUUGACGCCGAGACACAGGAUCUGCUCGACUUCUUCAACGGCUGCCUAGUCUACGAGGAGAUGCUUCGCAGUGUUGUGAGCGAUGACGACGUCGACUUCGACAACAUGCUGAGUUGGCCGGAUCCGGAGAUCCAGCGGCCCCUCAUGCCUGUGGUUCCGCAUGCAUGGACUGGUAUCUCUUCGGACACCCUGAGACUGUUUGGCAAGGCCAUGGCCCUGUGUCGGAGAUCCCGGACCCGGUGGAGGCACAACGAUGGGACGAGCUACCAGAUUCUCCAGCGCGCGAUGGAGGAUAUUGAGAUGGCCACGAGAAUAGAGAACUUGCUAUCGGCUGAUGUCCCUCAGCUCGCUGGAUCCGACCACCCCCCACAAACGACGAGUCAGCUUCGCGACUUGCAAUAUGUGACCGAGGCCUACCGUUUGUGCGGUCUUCUCCAGCUCUACCAAACCUUCCCGGAUCUAACUACGAAACGAGCACCUGACCUGAAGGAUGCGGACGGCUCGGUGGUCUGGCAGACAUGGGUGUCUCCGCUAGCGAUACAGGUCGCUGACGUUCUCGGCAAGGUCCCAUCUGAAAGUUUGAGCCGCAUACAGCCACUUCUCUGCCUCUGUGCUGGCAGUGGCCUUAGGUUCGACAGCAAAGUCCCGCUCGGCCGCGGACACCACAAUUAUCUCCUCAGUUCGGAGCCGGGCACCCCGAUCACACCGAGCGCCGGGCCUGUUGAGACGGGUUGCUAUCCGCUCAACCCUGGAAUAUCCGAAACUGCGAUCAAAACCUCGCAAGCGCGUCACUUCGUCAUGGACAGACUGGAUCAACUAGAGCUCAUCCUGCCGCCAAAACCCAUUGAUGUAGCGAAACAGCUUCUGCGCGCCGUGUGGAGUGUGUACGACGAUGAGAUUGGACUCACUCGCCGGACACACUGGCUUGACGUGAUGAGCAACACUGGGCUUCACAGCAUAUUCGGCUGA